UGUGUGGCUGUCUCUGGGUUUUUUUGUACCCCCUUUUCUCUCUGUGUGAUAUCCUGAAUCUUUGCCGAUGUGCCACAACUACUCCAGCUGUCAGUACAGCAGCGGCAGUCUCUGUGGUCCUCGCUCUGCCUGUAGGAGCCUCUGCUCUGGCUGGAAACAAGCCCCUAACCUUCCAAAUGAAUGGAUAACGGCUCUAAAGAGGAUCUAUGCUAUCUUGUCCUUAACACCUCUGAUCUGUUUUCCAAGGAACCAUGGUGAGUAGGGAGGCCAGCAGCAAAAGCGUGGCUCUCUCCAACUCAGAGUCGGACUCGGACACAGGCCCUUCCCACGGUCCCGAGGAGGAGUCAGGCAGGCCCCGGGUGAAGAAGAGGAACAAGGCCCUCCAGGUCCGCUUCAAGGACAUCUGUGAGGCCCAGAAAGAGCAGCGAGCGGCGGGGAAGGGUUCCCGCUCCAUUUCCUGCAAGGUGACGUGCAGGAAGUACAUGACCAUGCCUGCGCGGCGUUCCAUCCCCAACGUGACCAAGAGCACGGGCGUGCAGACCUCGCCGGACCUGACCAAACACUACCAAACGUUUCCCUUUGAGCGAAAGAAGGGCCACACGAUCAAACACACCGCCUUGGUGGAGAACCACAAAGGGCAGAACAAUGGGUUCCUGAGUGACAUUAAAGGGCCCGUAGAAGGGGAGGAGGGAGGGAGUUUGGCCGCGUCAUCCCGUUGUGGGGGGAAAAUUGUGGGGCAGACCAAAGCGCUGCUUCACCACACGGACAACAGCAGUGGGCCUGAGGAUCUGCUCUCUGGCGCCAACUGCAUGGACGGGCUGACCUGUCCGGGUCCCUCGCACAUCCCCGCUGGGCCAGGGGGCGUUUCCAGAACCCCUGCUGAUCCCAAGGCGGAAGCCGAGUACCAGGUCUGUGGCACCAGGACCAAACACAAAGGAUUAUCCAAAGACACACUGGACUUGAAAGACGGCACCUCCUCCAAACGCCAGCUGGUCAACUGUGAGGUUUCCCCUCAGGACACGAGGUCAAAGACCCUAGGUCCCGUGGCGUGGAACUCCUUAACACGUGUGGAUUGUAUAGGGAGCCCGUCGGGGAGGUACAAACGCAAGAAGGCCACGCAGAUAAACGGACAGCACUCCCAAACGCUGCCCCACAGCGCUGGGUGUUCUUCUCAGGCUCCGCCUCAGGGCAGUGCAGGGCAUGUAUCAUCCUCCGGCCAGCCUCAGCAGAGUGCGGGGGGUCAGAGAUGCCCCUCAGGGCAGCUGGGACCCUGCGGGCAGGUGGUGCCCUCACCUGGGGAUGGAGAGAUUAAAGCACAGCUGCAGGCCAUGGAGACUCUGAUCAGCUCCAGCCAGGAGACCAUCAAGGUCUUACUGGGGGUCAUCCAGGAGCUGGAGAAGGGAGAAGCCCAGAGAGAAGGGCUUUCAUACAGGACAGGACAGGACACCGCCAACUGUGACACGUGUCGAAACAGUGCUUGCAUCAUCUAUAGUGUGGAGCUGGACUUUAAGCAGCAGGAGGAUAAGCUGCAGCCGCUGAUGAAGAGACUGUGCCCAAUGGAUCACCCACAAUGCCCUGCUCUGCCUUACCCCCACGAGGUGUUCACCUCCACCCCAAAACGCAAGUCCAAGACUGAGUCCAAAAAGCAUGCCCGCUGGAAACUCUGGUUUCUUUAAAGAACUUGUCUGGCUUUGGAAUGGCCUUCCGGGUCUGUUUUACCUGUCUGGCCCUCCACUGGCAAGUCCGAAAGAAGAUUUUCCACUCCAGAGGACAGAUAGUCACAGCAACCAUGGGAUUCUGGGAUUGAACUAUAAUGGGAGUCUUCUCUGUGAGAGACAAAAACAAUAUUUUGUUCAUGAUGGUUUAGAGCCUGCCAAACCUUCCAUUUAUGGCUUAAUGUGCCAGAGAUGAUUGACUUACGCAGGCUAGAAGUUUGCAGAACAAGGUGAGACUGGGUAUGUUUGUGUCCUCUUUUUCGAAAAUGGAUGUUUAUUUAUUUAUUGAGAAAAUGUACCUCUCAGUUUUUUUAUUCAUGAUUUAACAUUUUCCAAAGACAUACUUCUGGUCUCUCUUUCCCCAGAGACACCAGUCUUUGAAUAGAAGAGGAAUCGCCAUGUGAAAAGCCUGUUCUCUCAGAAGCUUCCUAAGCUGUACAUCAGCCCCUCGGCACAGCACAAACAUUUGGAUACUGAGAGUGACAUGGAUAGAGGACUAACAAAGUACACGACAUGCCUGAAAACCUCACUUAUUCUCUCUCUCUCUCGCUCUAUCUCUCUCUCUUUCCCUUUUUCUUUUGUUUGUUGUUUCGCUCUCACACACUCUCUCACUGUCAACCUCAUGUGCUGACACACAAUUCAGGAAUACAAAAAAAAAAGAUGAAUACCUGGAAUGAUCGCCCUCUCUAAAUAUAGAAGCAAUGUUUUGUUAUAGUAUAUCCAAUUAGGUUUAGGAUUCCAUGUCUUGAAGCAUAUCCAGUCGCUAGUAAUGCAGAAAACAUGUAUUUUUGGAUUCGAGUCAUAGAUUUAUGUAUAAAUAUUGAGGAGUAAUUACUGAUGUUUUACACUCUUAGGAUUCAUGCUAUUGUAUCAAUCAGGCAGAUGAAUAUUUUCUAAAAAAUUCCAUCAAGUAAAAGCUUAUUUUGGAUUCAUCACUAGUUGCCCAGUUCAAGUUAUCAUUCCCCAGCAAACAGGCCAAGCCCAGCUUACUCUUUCACUCCCACCCACAGUAAGGAUGUGUAUUGUAAAGAACACCUAUUAUUUGUAGCCUGGCAUUGGCAGACUAAUUUUUAAAUGCGUAUUAGUCUGGAACCCCUCAGUUCAUUUUGGAUUUCUGAGGGGCAUUAUUAAAGCGUGCAGACCAAAUUGCUUCUGGACACAAUUGUAUUGUGGAUAGAUACAACCAGAGCAAGGAUUUUAUUUUCCAGAAUGCCUCAACAUCGCUCCUCUGUUAGCCUGGCAUCACCAGACCAGGGAGGGAAAUUUGUUUAAUAAGAGGGUGGCCAGACCUAGCCUGGGAACCAGAUCAAUUUGUGAGCUGUUGGUUUAUUUGCUCUGGGAGAGGAGUAUGGUCACCCUCCUCUAAAAAAUGUUUUCCCCCCGGCAUAAAAAGUGCCGGGCCAAUCACAAGCGUUUAUCUGAUAUGUGAGGGUUUAAAAUGAUGAAUGGACAGAGUAGUGACAUUGAGGCAUUUUCUUAACCAAAGCGAAAUUCUAUACAAUUGCAUCCAGAGG